AUGUCGGCUCCGGUGGCGGAGAGCGGGGCCGGGGCCGGGCCUGGGCCUGGUCCGGGCUCCGCUCCGGGCUCCGCGGAGCUCCUGGAGCGCUGCGGGGGCUGCGGGGAGCGGCUGCGGGCGGAGCGGGAGCCGCGGCUCCUCCCGUGUCUGCACUCGCUCUGCCGGGGCUGCCUGCGGCCCGCGCCUGGAGGCAGCGACCUGGAGUGCCCCAUCUGCCACAGCCAGUGCCGGCCCCAGGACGUGCUGGAGAACUACUUCCUAUGGGAGAGCAGCGCCGAGGCCCCCCCCGGCGGCCAGGGGGCCAGCCAGUGCUGCACGAGCUGCGAGGACAACGCGGCGGCCACCAGUUACUGCGUGCAGUGCUCGGAGCCGCUGUGCGGGACCUGCGUGGAGGCGCACCAGCGGGUCAAGUACACCAAGGACCACACCGUGCGGGCCAUCGGCACCCGCCCAGGCCCCGCCCCCGAGCGCACCCUCCUGUGCCCCGUGCACAAGCAGGAGCCGCUGGUGCUGUUCUGUGACACCUGCGAGGCGCUCACCUGCCGGGACUGCCAGCUCAGCACCCACCAGGACCACCGGUACCAGUUCCUGGAGGAGGCCGUGCGGAGCCAGCGGACGCUGCUGCUGGGGAUGCUCAAGCGCCUCGGGGACAAGCAGGCGGCCCUGCAGCGAGCGGCGCGGGACGUGCGGGCCUUCAUGCGCCGCGUGGCGGAGGUGCAGAAGCGGGUGCAGGUGGAGGUGAAGGUGGCGAUCCUGCAGGUCAUGAAGGAGCUCAACAAGAGGGGCCGGGUGCUGGUCAGCGACGCGCAGCGCGUCACCGAGGGCCAGCAGGAGCGCCUGGAGCGGCAGCACUGGGCCAUGACCCAGCUGCAGCAGCAGCAGGAGCACGUCCUGCGCUUCACCUCCUGGGCCCUGCAGAGGGACAACAGCGCCGCCCUGCUGCUCUGCAGGAGGCUGAUCUGCCCCCAGCUCCAGGGCGCCCUCAAGGCCAUGGUGGAGCCCGUGGAGCCCCAGGGGGAGAUGAGAUUCCAAUGGGAUCCCAGUGCCUGGACCCGGAGCGCCGAGAGCUUCGGCAGCAUCGUCUCAGAGCGGACCCCCCCCCCUUCAUCACCCAACCCCCAUGGAGCAUCACAGGGUGCCCCCCAAGCCGUUGUGGGGAGCAAAGGGCAACCCAGCCCCAUGGGGCAAAGCAACUCAGGGCCCCCCCCCACCCGCAGUGGGGCUGAGGAUGGGUUGGGGGCCCCCCCCCCACUUCAGGGUCCACUUGGGGGGCAAGGAUUGGGGUGCCCCAGUUUGUCCCCCCCGCAUCUGUACCCGGAGAUGGGGGAGAGUGGGGGGGAUACGGAGAUGGCAGCCAAUGGCCCCCCCGAAGCUGCUGGCACCGGAAGGAAGAGGACCUGCCCCGUGCCCCCCCCUCUGCUCCCCAAGGUGCCGCGGGUGCGCCUGGAGCGCCUGGAGCUGGGCCUGGAGCCGGGGGGGGCGGUGCCGGUGCCGGUGUUCCGGGUGCUUCCGGGAGCCUCCCCCCGCGAGUUCAGCCUCAUCGUCAUCGAGCGGGGGCAGCCCCGCCGCCCCCCCGCCGCCAUUAAGGAGGAGCAACCAGAGGACACCAAACCCCUCCCCAGCCAUCCCAAUGGAGCCGUGGGCCCCGUCCCCAGCUCCCCCUCAGCCCCAGGCUCCAGCCCCAGUUCCAUACUGGGAUCCGUGUCCUGUUGCCGCGUGUGCCGCCGCGCCGGGGCCGUGGUCAUGUGUGACCGUUGCCAGCGCUGCUUCCACCUCGCCUGCCACCUGCCUGCCCUGCACGAGGUCCCCAGCCCCGAAUGGAGGUGUUUGCUCUGCCAGGACCUGCCCCCCCCCAGCCAGGACCUCACCGAGGGGGCCCCCCAGAAGCUCUGCCCCUUGGACCAGCAGAAGUGCGAGUUGGUGCUGCUCCAGCUCCUGUGCCAUGAGCCCUGCCGGCCCCUCCAUCGCCUCUCCAGCUCCACGGAUACCCCCGACCCCAUUGACCUGACCCUCAUCCGGGCCCGGCUGCAGGAGAAGCUGAGCCCCCAUUACCGCAGCACCGAGGAGUUCGCCUGUGAUAUCUGGAGGCUCUUGAGGCAGUUCAGCUCCCAGAGCGAGGAUAAGGAGCACGUUCAAUCCAUCCUGGCCCUACAAAGCUUCAUCGAAUCCCGGCUCAACGCUGCCUUCGGCGAGGGCAAGUUCUCGGCUGCCCGAUUCCUUAUGGAGCCCCUUGUCCCUGUGGAUGAGGCUCCAGGCACCCCGGCACCCCCCCGUCCUGGCGCUGUGGGGCCCUGAUGCUUUCCCAUGGGAAUGGGGUUGAUCCCAUUGU